GUUACACGUGACGUCGAGAUGUUAUCGAUAUGCUAUCGAUAAUUAUGUAUCAAAAUGUCAUUGGCAAUCAUGUUCGGAGAGCAAUUGUCCCGUUCUAUCUCGUUACGACACAACUUCUCUCGUCAUCUCGUUGAUUCUUGGAUUCUUGACAAUAUAAAGCGUUACAAGAAUCAGUGGCGUGGCUCUAUUAUGAUCCAUGGUUUCUAAUCCUCGAUCCAUUCUCUUAGUUCACCACAUGCCCUGCCCAGUCAAAGCCCUUUCUUCACAUCAAAAAGUCUCCGAGUCGGGCGAACUUUUCCCCUUCAAUCGUCUCCACCUUGAAAAAAAAGUCCCCUUUCAGUUCCCUCUGUUUUGAAUGUCAGUAUAUAUUGUGGUAGAUCUUCUUUCUCUUCGCAAUCUACACCUCCUGUCCUGACUCUGCUCUUUGAACUCUCUUCACUCCUGGGCAAAGAUGGAAUCCAAAUUCGUCACCAAGGUUCCGGCAACAAUGCGUGCACUCGCGCUCUCCAAGUUUGGGAAACCAGAUACAUACAACAUAGGAACCAUUCCAACUCCAAAAAUUGCGCAUGAAAACGAUAUAUUGAUUAAAGUGGAAGCGGCUAGUAUCAAUCCUAUUGAUGUCAAGAUGGCCGGUGGAUAUGCAAAGAUGAUGUUCGAUGUUAAGUUCCCUUACUUGAUGGGCUACGAUGUAUCGGGUACUGUCGUGUCCACUGGUUCUUCCGUCACCCACGUCAAACCCGGCGACGCAGUCUACUCUCGCGUACCUGAACGUCACCGUGGAACCAUUGCACAAUACUGUCUCUCGACUUCUGCAGCCGUAGCUCAAAAGCCAUCAUCUCUUUCCCAUUCCGAAGCUGCAGCUGUGCCACUAGCAGCACUAACAGCCUAUCAAUCUGUACUCCGAGCAGACAGUCAAUUGCCCGGGGGACUAAAAGGUAAGACCGUACUUAUCCCUGCUGGUAUGGGUGGAACGGGUAGUGUCGCCGUUCAGCUCGCCAAGAAUGUUUUUGGGGCUGGGAGGGUCAUUACCACUCUAAGUACUGGAAAGAUUGGCAGGGCAGAGGAAUUGUUGGGGAAGGGAAUCGAAGCAGUAGAUUAUACGAAAGAUGAUGUCGUAAAGGCAUUAGGGAAAGAGACUGUAGAUUUUCUCUUCGACACUACAUCCUGCUCACUUUCUCUUGGUUCUCUCGUUAAGAAGGGGGGGGUCAUAGUCUCUAUUUCCAUGAUACCUGGUGGCACCGAAACUAUUGAGCGUAUGACUCGCCAUACUAAUGGGGUAUCAGAAGGAGGUGUUAAGAUAAACUUAAGUUGGUGGGUGGCCAAAAUUAUGGAUUUUUUGGAUUGGAGUUUAAAAACGUGGGCCAGUUGGAACGGAAGAAGCUAUAGCUACCUUAUGAUGGAACCAAGUCGGGAGGACUUGGAAAGGCUAGGGGAGUUAAUCAAAGAAGGGAAAUUAAGACCAAUUGUAGGCUCUGAAGUCAAACUUGAGGAUAUUGACGGUGUUAGAAAAGGCUGUCAAGAGGUUUUUUCUGGGAAGGGUGGGGUUGGGAAAUUUAUAAUUACUCCUUGAAAUGUUUUCGCAAUCUAGGGAGGAGAUAGAUACUCACUAUGAGCUUUUGAAGAAUAGCGUGAAACACAAUACUAUCGUUGAAAAAUAUGAAUA